AUGGUUGGCCAGCCUGCGCAUUCGCCUUGUGCGUUGGAGGUUGUUUGCUCAAGGACGACUUGUGGCGACGAGCUUUUCUUGUGCGGUGGGCACGAGAUUCUCGGCGCUUGGGAGGUCGGACGAGCUCUGAAGCUUUACACACAGAAGGAGUCCUUUCCAGUAUGGAAGCUGCAGCUCCCUGCCUCUCUCGCAGGGGAAUUUAAGCUUCUAGUGAAACGACGGAAUGGCAAUAUCGAGUGGGAGGGAGGCCAGAAUCGUUGCUGGCCUUCACCUCUGCCCUCCGGACCCGGCGGGCGGAUUCAUCUCCGCUUCGGGGAGCCGGGCUUGGAUGUGCAUGCCGCUGAGGUGCCCAGAGGGUCCGUUUUAGAUGAUGCUUCGACUUCGCUCCCUUCGGGCUCGCCUUGGUCGUCUCCUUCGUCGGAAAGCCGCCCGAUGCUUCCAUUAAAGCGGCAGCGUACGAAGAGCGACUGCGUCAGAUCACGGCUCAUUCAUGCUACUUCGCUGGCGGACAUCACCCAGAAGGCCUGCAUAUGGGACCGCUACGAACUGGAGGACACCACUCUAGGCGAGGGUGCCUUCGGCACGGUGCGCAAGGCCCGAGAUCGAUCGCUUGGCACCAUGCGGGCUGUUAAGCGCAUCGACAAGGCAAAAUCCUUCGCACUGGAUGACGUCCGCAAGGAGAUCGAGAUGCUUCGUGAGAUGGAUCAUCCCAGCAUUGUGAGGCUUUAUGCCGCAUACGAGGACAACGUGAGCAUCUACCUUGUGAUGGAGCUGUGCGAAGGUGGAGAGCUCUUCGACCGCUUAAUCGAGGAAAGCCAUCUUACAGAGCCAGCAGUCCAGACCAUCAUGCGACAGGUUUUUGGUGCGGUGGCACAUUGUCAUGACAAGCACAUAGUUCAUCGGGACUUGAAGCCAGAGAACUUUAUCUUGCAGAAGCGUGAUGCCCCUGUAGAAAAGAAUCCUCUGAAACUGAUCGAUUUCGGACUGGCCGAGCAUUGUGAACCGGGAGAAUUGAUGCACACAGCCUUCGGAACCAUCCUCUACGUUGCACCCGAAGUCUUGCAGCAGCAGUACGACCGUGCUUGUGACAUCUGGAGCUGCGGUGUGAUGAUGUAUUGUCUGCUGAGUGGAUCGCCACCCUUCCAUGGUUCGUCAGAUGCUGAAAUCAUGCACAGAGUAAUGAGGGGCAAAUUCUCGAUGAGGGGCACUCGCUGGUCUCCAGUGUCAGACGUGGCAAAAAAUCUCAUUGAGCAGUGCCUGAACAAGGAUCGGCAGAAAAGAAUCACCGCCGCAGAUGCUCUGAAUCACCCCUGGUUCCAGCGCCCUGCAGAAGCGAGUGGGAUGCCAUUACAUCCAGAUCUGCUGGCAAAUUUGAAAGCUUUUAGUACAGAGAACCGAUUCAAAAAGGCCGCCUUGACUGCGGCGGCCUACCAACUUACCGAUGAGGAGCAGGAAGAAAUCCGCCAAACUUUCCAGAGGUUGGACAGCGACUGCGACGGGUUUGUGACACUUGAGGAUUUAAAGACAUGUUUUCAAGAAAGUGUCGAUCUCAGCCCGUUGCUAAACGUGGCAGAGGUCAUGGACAAUUUGGAUCAUAACCAAGACGGCCGACUGGAGUACACCGAGUUCAUUGCUGCCGCAAUGGACCAGCGCCUUCACAGGAACGAGCAGUUGUGUUGGCGAGCUUUCAAAGCUUUUGACAGGGAUGGCGACAAUCGAAUCACGUAUCCCGAUUUGCAACACGUCCUGCAAGAUCCAGAUCUCCUACACGAAGUUCCGAACUGUCGGAGCGCCUGGCAGUAUUUCCAAAAGAUGGACGUGGAUGGUGACGGUGAAGUAACCUUCGACGACUUCAUGCGGCUAAGACUUUGCCUUGUGCUCUUCCUGAGGCCAAGGGAGGUGAUGCCCGCAAAGCUGGUGUCUGGCGAACUGCGCAGCGGAGGCAAGGGUGCACAGACUGCAAUGUUUUCAGAGAUCAAGCGCGAAGAACACGGGCUGCGGACGCCAUCCGCAACCACGUUGAAGAAGCACGCAAGGCUCCCAUGUGUGGCACGACCCAGCGCCAUGAGAGCAGGCGGAGGAGCUUAUCUUGGCAGAGCUCCUGCAGCUUUCGGUGAACGUUGCUAUGGCAUCAGGGAUCCGAAGGCACCGCCAAAGCAUCUGACCUGGCGGGGCAGCUAUGGUGGAACCAUCGAGCUGGAUGUCAACGGAUGCCUUGAGAAGGUGCAGAUUGAUUCGCUGCGAGGGCCGGUGAUUUUCCAGGCAGAUGGCACUACAGCAUUUCUGGAGGAAACGAGCACUGUUUCCUGGCAGAGAAUAAACACAGCGGAUCAGAAGUUGCUGGCCCACAGGGCUGCAAGGAUCAAUGUGACCAUGAAGGACCGUGUGGAGGAGCUGAAGGCAAUCGAAGCUGCGAAUGCGCUGUCUUCUGAGGAGCGAAUCCGUCUACGCUGUCACAAAGAGCUGGCGAGGCCGGUAAUUACUUGGCAGAGGAUCGGACACGAGCAGGUUCAACAAAAGCACGAAAAGAUGUGCAAGGGAAUGACCUAUCACCUGGAGUUCCCCUGGUCCGAGGAGACACUCGAGAAGAUGGGCCCCCAAUGGCUAACCAAGGCCUUUCAUGCGGCUGGAACUCUCGACGAAAACAACGCCGUGACGGAACUUCUUCUGGAGAAGAAAGUCAAGGUCACGGCAGGAAACAAUGCCGGCAAGUUCCUCUUCGAGGUGAGGUAUAAGUGGCAAACACCGGACCUCCAUACCAAGCUGUUCGCAAAGAUUCCGUUUCCACUGUCUGGUCAAACCAGCAGUGAUCGCUUGAGCAGUUCUGUGAACAAGCAACCUAUGGACUUCUACGAGAUCAAUGCGUAUCGUCUCUUAGAAGCUUCCAUGCCUGUGAAGACUCCCAAGUUCUACUUUGGAGAUAUCAGCAACGAGUCCUCAAACUUUAUCCUCAUCACGGAGCGUGUGCCUUUCGGUGGUAUGCCGCCCUUGGAAAGAUUUCAGAUUGAGGGCCCCUACGUCAAGUGCAAAGACCAUGAGAUGGGAGGAACUGACAAGGAGCACUACUGCCUCCUGAUGAAAGUGCAUGCCCGUAUUGCUGCAGCACAUAAAACAGGCAAGAUGGGCACCGAGGAUUUUCUGAGACAAAAUCUCAUGUACCAAGAUGCUGCUUUUUACACUGUGCAGCCUGAGAAGGCAUCUGGAUUCCCAGUGCAAGUAGUUGCCGGUCAACUGCGGGUGGCCAUCAAGUUCUUCUCAGAGACGGCGAAGCUCCUUUAUCCGGACUAUGUAACAACACAGGCCUUUCAAGAGAAGUUCUUCAACACCAUGCUGACGUUCAACGCAUACUCACAGGAGCUGACGUGCUGGAAGCUCAAGGAUGCGGACUUCGUGGCGCUGGGACAUCAGAACCUGAACAUUGACAACGCAUACUUCUGGCGAGAUGAUGACGACCGCCUCGACUGCGGCAUUUUCGACCUUGGAGGCGGCACUUCAGUCAGUGUAAACAACGAUGAGUUGGGAGCGAUUUGUUACUGUAAGCGCUAA